CCACCGAGUACCACCUCGGCCUGCUGAAGGCAAAGCUUGCAAAAUACAGAGCCCAGUUACUAGAACCUUCCAAAUCUUCGGCUGCCAAAGGGGAAGGCUUCGAUGUGAUGAAAUCUGGAGACGCCCGGGUGGCGCUGAUCGGUUUUCCUUCCGUGGGUAAGUCCACGUUUUUGAGUUUAAUGACCUCAACCGCCAGCGAAGCUGCAUCUUACGAGUUCACAACCCUGACGUGUAUCCCAGGAGUCAUAGAAUACAAAGGAGCCAAUAUUCAGCUGCUGGAUCUGCCUGGAAUCAUCGAAGGAGCAGCACAAGGGAAGGGCAGAGGUCGGCAGGUGAUAGCUGUGGCCAGGACAGCAGACGUCGUUAUCAUGAUGCUGGAUGCCACGAAGGGGGAAGUACAGAGGGCCCUGCUGGAGAAAGAACUGGAAUCUGUAGGAAUCCGGCUGAACAAGAACAAACCAAAUAUCUACUUCAAGCCGAAAAAGGGUGGAGGAAUCUCCUUCAACUCAACUGUCACGUUGACUCAGUGCUCCGAGAAGUUGGUGCAGCUCAUCCUCCAUGAGUACAAAAUCUUCAAUGCUGAGGUCCUCUUCCGAGAGGAUUGUUCCCCUGACGAGUUCAUUGAUGUGAUUGUGGGCAACAGGGUCUACAUGCCGUGCCUCUACGUUUAUAACAAGAUUGACCAGAUAUCUAUGGAGGAGGUGGAUCGUCUUGCCCGGAGACCCCACAGUGUUGUAAUCAGCUGUGGCAUGAAACUGAACCUGGACUACUUGCUGGAGAAGCUGUGGGAAUACCUGGCACUUACCUGCAUCUACACCAAGAAACGAGGACAGAGACCAGACUUCACAGACGCCAUUAUUCUACGGAAAGGGGCCUCAGUGGAGCAUGUGUGCCAUCGCAUUCACAGGUCCUUGGCCAGCCAGUUCAAAUACGCCUUGGUGUGGGGGACAAGCACAAAAUACAGCCCUCAGAGGGUGGGCUUAACCCAUAUGAUGGAGCAUGAAGAUGUCAUUCAGAUCGUGAAGAAAUAACCCUCUCUGCUGGUGCCUGGCCUUCAGUCACUAGAAUUGGAACUGCCCACAUUAAAGCAAAACAAAACA